AUGCGUUCCCUAUUCCGUGGAUACCGUCCUAUUUUCAAGCCUCAUUAUCUGGGGUGGGAGGCAGAAUCACUGCUGCGCCUGACUCCUUCCCAGCAAAUGUGCUACUACGAUGGCAAAUUGUUUGGUGGGUACAUUGCCUGCCUGAUGGACCGUAUUCUCGCAGAUUGUUGUAGACGUGACGAACCAGCCUUCACUGCCUACCUGAAUACAUCGUUCAUUCAGUCUGUUCCACCGUCAGCACCAAUUCUUCUCCGUGCAUGGCCGGACAAAGUCGACGGUCGCAAGAUUUAUCUCAAAGGGUCUAUACAAAUCCCCGCAGAGGCACCUCAUGAAUGGGUCGAUGCUAUUCGGACAGACGCGCUCUUCAUCAGGCGAAAACCCUGA